GGGAUUUUAGGCAACAUCCGAAGGCGUUUUUGUUAUUUCACGUUAUCCACACGUAAUUUCGGAAUUUUGCUGCAGAAAAAACCAAAUUGAUAAUUGAUUUCUCGCUUAAAGCGCUCGUCGAAGCUAGUGGAAAACAUCCACAGCUUUAACAUGGACGAAGACACGGUCCCCAAGCAGCCAACGGACAGGCGUGUAGCCGACCUGGCUGCGGGUCCACCCGGCGUCGAUGAGAAAAACGGAAACGAAAAGAGCGAGGACAAGGGUGCUGCGGCGGGUAAGCGCGGCAAAUCGAGCUCCCGACGACGGUCCACAUCGCGUCGCCGCUCAACAUCCCGCGGUCGACCUGAUUCCCGCAAUGCCGCAUCGCCGCCAGCCACGCGGCGGAGGCGCUCCGUAUCGCGCUCACCAUCUCCACCGCGCCGCGGCCGCUACGACUCGCCGGACUAUGGCCGGUAUCCACCGCGCCGCCGCUUCGACCGCGAUCGACGUCGAUCCCCUGACCGCCGGCGUUCUCCGCCACGUCGCGGCAGACGCUACGGACGCUCCCGCUCUCGCAGUAUAUCCCCGCUCCGGCGAGGUGGACGCGGGAUAAGUCCCGCUGGUCGUUGGUCGCCCAAAAAGAAACCAGCUUCGCCACCCUUGCCCCCGCAACAGGGUGGACUGCCCCAGCAAAUGGCUCCUGGCUACGGCGUUAUGGCUCCACAAAUGUACGCCACCGGACCCUACGGAGCUCCGCCCGAUGUCUACGGGCACCAGUAUGGAAUGCCGCCGAACGCGUUUCCGGGCCAAGGAUACGGCAUGCCAGGACCGCCACCUGGACAGAAUAAUUUCAGCACUGGAUACGGACCUCCUCCCACCGGAGCAUGGGGCGUGAAUGAGUACGGCCAACAGGUGUGGUUGCCACAGACUCUGGCCGGAGUGCAGCCCUCGAUCUCGGUCCCGGUGCCCGAGGCUCUAGCCCCACAGCAGCACCAGCCGCUCGAUACGGCGCCUCCGGCAAAGCAGCUUGAGGAGGAGCAGAAGUCCUCAGCGCUGGAUGGCGCAGGUUUGCCGGGACAGGACGCCGUGGCCCAGGAAGCGGAGAAGCAGAAGGAUGAGCUGAAGAAGCAGCGCACCAACUAUGUGAAGAAGGUGACGAUACUCAAGAAGGAGAUGCAGGUGCUUAAGGAUCAGCGCGAGGACUUGGCUUCCGGCGAGGCCCCACCGUCGCCAACAACUAAGAAUUUCAUCGAGGAAAACGAUCGUCUGCAGGUGCAAAUUAAGAGGAAGCUGGACACCAUCGAGAAUGUCAUAGACAUGCUUAACGGCCUCAUUGGCUACGAGGAUAAUGACGAUGAUCCGCCCAAGCCCAAGCCCAAUCUGAAGGCUGCACAAGAUCCGCAGAGUAGCCGUUCCCACACCACCACUGACAGUUCCGCGGACAGCUCAGAAUCCAGCUCACCGUCUGGCAGUUCGUCGGAAUCGUCCUCGGAAGACGAGGAUGACGAUGAGGAGGAGAACGGUGACAAAGACGGCACACCCACAAAUCGGCUGAAGAACCGGGCCAUCAAGUCGAUGAAGUCAAAGCAGCGACACGGCGAAACGAAGUCGUCAUCAUCAACAGGUUUGACGCAAAACUACAAUUUUCAGUUUUUCGAUCCUGAACACCAUUGGUGCGAGAGCUGCAGCGUUUUCCCGAAAUCUGCGCGCGACUAUUUGAAGCACUUGCACAGCGAGGAGCAUAUGAACCGUGAGACAAUCGAGACACCCUGGCAUGUGGGCAUCGACCACGAUCCCUUUCCCGUAUACGAGAAUGCACCGCUUAAGCGGGUCCCCGUGCGAGGCAUGCAUUUCCUGGUGCCGGCCAAUGCCUGGUACUGCAAGCUCUGCAGCGUCUGGAUUGGCGACCUGCACUGUGCCUCGGCCCAUCUCAAGUCCAGGCUGCACUCAAAUAAAUACGAGCUAUUCAUUAAUCAGAAUCCCAACUACGAGGCCGAACGGCAGGCAAAUCGUGAGCGGGCCAUGAUACAGCAAAGGGGGAACGAUGACGCCAAGAAUAAGAAGAGCAGGAAGGACGACGAGAAGGGUUCCAAGAAACGCAAGAAGAAAAGUGGUGAUAAGAAGAAAAAGAAGCGCAAGCACGGGAAAAAGAGCAAGCGAAGCACCAACGAUGCCAACAGUUCAUCAUCGAACUCCGACAGCUCGUCGUCGGAGGAGGAGAAGACGCAGCAACCAAAGAAAGGUCGCACCGAGGAAACGUCGAGUGGCCCAGCCGAGAAGCAGGCACCCAGCGCCCCCUCCAUACGUGUGAGCAUGCGAAAGCAGGAAGGCCCAUUGACAACAUCCUUAAAGCAGGAUGUGCCCUUGCAGUCGCUAGCACCGCCGCCGCCUCCGAUCAUCAAGGAUUCCAUAAAUGCUGCAGGCCGUGGUAAAUGGUCAUCGGCCUCCGGCGAGGAACAAAGGGAGGACCAAAAGAAACGGGACGAGGCCAUGAUACAGCAGUGGAACACUGUCCAGCCGGUAAUAAGCGAUAGCGAGAAGAAACUGCUGGAGCAGCUCAAGGGCCGGCUGAAGAGCAAAGGUCCGCGCGAUGCCGAGGACAAUAAAUUGGCGAUGCCGCAUUCAGCCUUUGCGGCUGAUGAAAAGUCAAAACGCGGAGGCAGUCGUCGUUCCCGCAGUCCCAAGCGGCGUAGCCGCUCGCGUAGCAAUAGUCGCGGUCGCUUUGACCGAGAUCGGCGGGAUCGGGAUCGAGAUCGGGACAACAGAGAUCGCGGUCGGGAUCGGGAGCGAGAUCGCGACCGGGACAGGCGUCGCUCUCGCAGUCGUUCCCGCAGCCGCGGUCGCAGGCGCUUCUCUCGUUCACCCCUAAGGAGCAGCCGGCGAAGUCGUUCCCGUGAAAGCCGCCGUCGAAGAAGCCGCAGCCACUCUGAGGAUCGCGUGGAGCGUCCAGUGAUUAAGCAUUCCGAGUUCCGGCCACGUACAGUGCCCGAACGCAAGCCGGAAGUGAAGCGGGACAAGAAGGAUGCCGAAAGCAAACAGAAGGCGGCGGCGAAGGCGAGUGCGAGCACCAAUGCCGCCGCUGGAGGCAAGAAGCUCCCUUUCAUUGGAAAGAUGCCAGUAUUCAAGAAGCAGCCGGUGACGGCUUCUAGCUACGAUGCUGCUACUGCUGCUGCGUACACCAACGGCGCUUUGGGUGUUCCUCCGCCGCCACCACCACCUUUGGGUGAUCAGCUAGCUGUUAGGCAACCGGCACCAACUGCAGCCCAGAUCCAGAUGGCUAUGAUGGAAGAUGCCUUCGGCAAUGCUCCUCCCUUCCAUCCCGAUGCUGGCAUGAUGGUGGACUAUGAUGAGCUAAUGCCGGAUCCUGUCCAAUUCGCCCACUUGAUGACUACCUGCCCGCCUCCACCACCGCCGGGAGAAGGAUCCGAGGGCGAAGGCCGUGACCCGGAAGAUGGCGAAGAACGCGAGGACAACGAGGGUGAUGAGAAGGACGUUCUGCCUCCGGGCAUAGACGAAGCUGAAUCUGAUCUGGUGCCGCAGCCUCUGGAUGCUGCGGAACAACCGCGGGACGGGGAACUGCCCAAGGACUUGGCCGCAGCCCUUGACAUCAUAUUCCCCAGCGAGGGAGCGGCGCAGGAGGAAGCGGAAGAGCCGCAAAGUGUGCCUCAGACAAUCACCACCAUCGUCGAGGACGAGCCAGUGCUCAGUGAACACAAUCUUCAAGACUUGGCCAAGCAGGGUAUUCACCUGGUCACCAUAGACGAGGCAGCAGAAGCCUCAAAAACAAUAUCCACUGAGAACACAGAGGAGACACAGAAAUUGAACGGAGCCAAGUCGUCCGUAGCAGCUACGAACCUCAAGCAGAUGGUAGAAGCGGAGGACAUACCGAUGCCAUGCUCGCCCGUACCGGCGGUGGUCGUCGAGGAGGCAACCAGCAAGCCCAUUGCUCUUAAGGAAGCGGAUGUCUCAGAUAUACCAGAGCCACCGGCAUCACCUUCCGGCAGCGAGAAGCUGCGUCGCCAGGCGGAGCUGGACGAGUUGGCCAUGCUGGGCAUUGACAGCAAUGACAUGGCGGCACAAUUUGUAGAUGCGUUGUAAGAUUUGGAUUGACGGGACGCUGUUGAAUUGAUCCCAUCAUCGAUUGACACAUCGGGUUGGCCAAUAAGGAACGAAACAGUUUUAGUUUUUAAUUUCGACACCUACGUAUGAGUGUUUAUGUGACGGAAUGUUUUAAAUAAAUGCGCAUAUAUGUAUGUAAUAUAUGUAUGAAGGAUACUA